CUUUCCUGGACGCGGAAGUAAACGUUUGUUAUUGAACGUCAAAAAAAGCGCGUCAAAAGCCAUUUUUCGUAACAGGAGGGCCAAUGUGACAAUUAAGCAGCUACUUACCUGUUGCGACACAGUUCAAAUAUAUACUUUCUGGUCGAUAACCAGCGCCACAACAUGUCGGAUGUGCUUCUCUCCUCUUCUGACACGGAGGAGGAAGACGUCAGUGAAGAGAAUGAACAAGAGGAGGCCCCGAAUGAGAUCCCAGCCUCACUGCUCACCUAUUUAGAGGCAUCCAGAAGGCGAGCUGCUGCCUGUGAGAAGCUCAUCCUAGAGGACCUUGAAUGUCUCUCUGCAUUGCAGCCCAAUGAACAAACAACGCAAGCAAAUUUUACUCUCAUUGACAAGACAACAUAUGAGCAAGCAGACAAGUUUGAAGAACAAAGUGAAGACGACAGCGCCUCCACUGGUACUGAUAUGGAGGAACAAGUGUGCCACGGUGAACAGUCUCAAGAGGCUGGUGGAAGAGAGUUUCUUCAAGAGAGAUUGCGACAGAGACAACAGGAAUUAGAUUUUGAGAAGGAACUUAAGAGGAUGAUGGAGGUGGAGAAGCUGCGUAUGAAGGAGGCUGAUAUGAUGGAGUUGAGGGCUCAGGAAGUGAAUGAGCAGGAGUUUCGUUUUCAGCAGGAGCUGCUCAAUGACCUGAAGCGACAAGUGGAGGAGGAGGUAAAAAAGGGGAAUGAGGAGCAGAUGAAGGUAGUGCAACAACAGCAUGAAAAGGAGGAAGCGGAAAAGAGCAGGAUGUGGGGCCAAGAAGAAGAUAUGAAGAAAAAGGCUAGAGGGAAGCUAAACGAGGAAGAGAUUUGGAGGAAUGAUGAGUUAGAGGAUAAAAAGCAGAAAGAGGCAGAGGGAAAACAAAUAGGGGGAGAGCAAAGGGAGAGUGAGAAGUUGGAAGAAGACAGGAGGAAAAUAGCAGAACUUAAACUGAAAGAGGAAGUGGAACGGACUAUAAAGGAAAAGGAAAAAAGGAAGCAGAUAGAGGAAGAAGACGCAAAUAAACUCAAACAAAUAAAAGGAAUACUACAGAUGAAUGAGGAAGAAGAAGACAGGCGUAGGAAAGACAUGGACGGGAAACUUAAAGUGGAUGAAGAAAUGAUGAGGCAGGAAGAGGAGGAUGGGAAACAGGUAGAGUGUGAGUACCAGGAAAAAUGGUGGGAAGGGGAAGUCUGGGAAAAAGAGGUGCAAAAAAUAAGUAGAGUAGAAGAAGAGGAGAAGGAGGGGGAAGAGGCAGAAGAAAAUAUGAGAAAGGGGAAGGAAGUAAAUAGGGAAAGCAGAAAGGAAGCGAGCAUACUGCUGGAGGAGGGAGCAAAGAGGAGAAUGGAGGACAAAGAGGAGAGCAGAAAGAGCAAGACAAAUAAGGAAAUUGACCAUCAAGAUAACAGAAAGAAGAGUAAGAGCGUUGCAGAAAAAUGCCGGAAAACUGAGGGGGAUGAAAAUGGAAGGAGGACAGGGGAGGAAGAAGGAAAGAGCCAUAAGCAAAUGAAAGAAGAAGCCAGGAUAACAGAUAAGGGUGAAGAGGAGAUGACAACAAAAAUUGUGGUCGUAGAACAGAAGAUGAAAAAGGAAGUGGAAAAACAACUGGAGCAAGAGCAAAAGAAAGGAGAUGGACAGAAACAGCGAAAAGAAGAGGAUGAGGAAAAUAGCUUGAUGGGGGAACAGAGGAGGAAAGAGAGCGCAGCUAAGGGAAGUGAGGAUGAAGAAAAAAGAAAGACGAGUGCGAAACAAGAUGUGAGGAUGAAGACGAAGGAAGUGGAAAAAAGUACCCACGAAAUUCAGCAAGUACAACAGAGGGAAAGUGAAGUAGUAAGAAAAAUAGUGGAAAAGAAGAAAAGGGCAGAUGUGAAGUUAAAAGAAAAGAGGAACAUUGAAAAAGAAGAAAAAAUGAGGACGAGUAAGGAAGAGGAAAACUGUAGGGAUAUAAAUGAAUAUACAGGGAUUGAGGAAGAAUUAAGGAGAAACGAGGAUGUGGAAGAAAGAGAGAAAAUUGAUGACUUCCUAAGACAAUUAAUGAAGGAAGCGAAGAGAAAGAAAUGUGAUGAAGACAUUUGGAACGUAAAGGAACUGAAGAAAAGGGAAGAAAGGAAGGGCGGAGAGGUUAAGGUACCAGAGAAGGAAAAAAGGGAGGAGGAAAAGAUGAAACAGAAUGAUGAGAUGACUAGAGUAAUUGAGGGAGAGGAGAUAAGAAAUAGCCACAUAAAAAAGGAGAGAGGAGAGGAAGACAAAGACGCUAAAGAACCUAUGAGGAAAAGUCACGAAGAGAGGGAUGUGAGAAGACUCACCAGAAAUGACAUGAAUGAAAAUAUACUCAAGAACAACUAUGACAACAAAGAUGACAGCAACCAAAUGAACAGCCAUCACAUUGUUAAGAACAGGAUGCAUGAGCAGAUAAACGAGAAUAUCCAACAACACAGUGAUGAGAACAUUCAUCAACAAAUCCAUGGGAGCAUCCAUUGGAACAUCCAUGAAAAUACUAAAAAUAACACUCACCAGAAAAUCAAUGGGAAUGUCCAUGAGGACAUCCACGAGACAAUUCAUGAAAACAUUGAUGAGAACACCAAGCAGAACAUUUUCCUGGAUGUUCACAAAAAUAUUGAUGAGAACACCCAUCAUAAGAGUGAUGACAACAUUCAUGAGAAUAUCCACCAGAACUUCUCAUCCCAAAGUGGCAGCCCCUGUCUCUCACAGUUAAUGGACCAGAGGAGGCUUUCCUGGACCAAAGGACACCUUGUCUGGACGGAACUACGGAACAGAAGCAGGCGGAGCAGUUCUGUCGGGUCCAGGAGAGAGUCCAGGUGGCCCGCCCAGGACAACGACCUUCCUCCACUUUGUCCCAGCACACUACUAAGGGCUGCGGCCAGGACAUCGCUGCAGGAGGUGAACAUCUUGGUUCUGGAGGACUUGCCAGGCUGCAGUUUGUCUACUCUGGCUCAAUGCGCACGACUGCAGUCGCUUACGCUUAGAAGAUGUGGGUUGAAGUGUCUAGAAGGCAUCAGUCACCUAGAGGAGCUGUGCUAUGUUGACGUGCAGGAAAACAACAUUACAAGGGUGGACUGUGAGAAUAUGAGUUGCCUGAGAGUCCUCAAGCUGGGCUACAACAAGCUGGCAUCUAUUCAUGGGCUACGUGGCGCAGAGAACCUGCACCUUCUAGAACUUUCGCACAACUCCAUUACACGCAUCGCUGGACUGAGCUCUUUGAGGAAACUCCAGCGCUUGUGUCUAGACCACAAUCAGCUUGUCAGCACCAAAGGGUUGAGGGACGUCUGCAGCCUGCUGCACCUCAACUGUUCCCACAACCAUUUGGUCAGCGCGGAGGGUCUGGAGAGUAACGUUCUUCUCCGAACGCUGGACCUGACCAGCAACAGCCUCACUGAGCCGCCAGCUCUGCACGAUCAUGUCCUCCUCGGGGAGCUGCGCCUGGAUGACAACAGCCUAGCCUCACUGCGGCAUCUCAUCGCUACUUCGUGGCUGCCCCACUUGCACAUGCUCACACUGGCUCACAACAGGCUCACACACCUGCCUAACAUGGCUGUUCUCAUAUCUCUUGCUAACCUGGACCUGCGCUUCAACUGUCUGUCAGACGUGAAGAACAUAUGCCAGAGUCUGGAAGGAUGUUGUUCCCUGAAGGAGGUACACAUCGCGGGGAAUCCUUUGCAGAAGGAGAGCAGCAGGAGAUGCAUUCUUCAAUCAGCACAAUCUAGUCUGAGGACCAUCGAUGGAACUGAUGCAGACAUCCUCAGAAAAGACUCUGCAGUAGCCCGGCACAUUGGCUCAGAUGGCUUCCUCAGCUUGAUUCGGACACAGCGUCAGCAGAUUGAUGAGUUACAGCUACAACACAGCGAACAGCUCAGCAAAUCUUCGCACCCAUUGGAAGGCGUCAAACUUUCCUGCCGACACUCGGCGGAAGCUUUGUGCUUGGCCGAGGAUCAGCGCCGGGCGUUGGAAUGCUUCCACGUUGAUCAAACAUCCGCUAACCAGUCAACCUCAGAGGAAACUGUUGUUGAGGUUUCAAUCAUCACUUCCGGCAGGGGCGGUGCACGGCCAUUUUGCGAUACUCAAGCAUCAACGGUAAAGGGAACAGACAGUGUAAAAAUGGUGCCCCACCAUCAAGAACCUGACUUUAAAAGCACAUCUUUUACCUCUGAAGUUGAGGUUGGAAAAACAGCAGAUGAGGAGAAAGGAGGAUCCACUGUGAGCAGAAGCAACGUUGCUCUCCAUCGUGCUGCAACUGUCAUCCAGGCGCGAUGGAGAGGCUUCUGCCUGAGGAAGAAGCUGGCGGCUGCUCUUGCUGCCGUCACAUCCCUACAAACUGAUGAUGAUGAUGCCUUUGAGGUGGUGGACGUGGAGGAAUUUGUCCUGGAUGAGGAAAUGCUAGAGCAAAGCUGGACAUUAUGUGAGGAUGCACCUGCCAAAUGUUCAUCGGUGGCCAAGCAGGCGUCGUUUCCGCAGCUCCCAGGCUCCUAUUCGGAACAUUCCCAGUGGGUUCGACCACCUCAGCCCAAACGGAGGCCUAUGGAAGCCUGGGAAGCCGAAGAACAUGAGGACAUGAGGGUUUCACCACAGAACUUCGCUAGGAGCAAAUCUACUUCAACCUCUGUGGCAAGCGACUUCUCUGAGAAAUCAGAUAGAAUUCUGGACGAAUGGGGUUUCACUAAUAGGCACACAGCUGAGCUUAUGUUGAAGAGAGCCCAGAAGAUGAAGUCCAAGCGGAAAACCCCAGAUUUGUCAGGGCAUCUGGAGGCCUGGCGAAACCACCCACUCACCACUCACCAGCUUGGGGCUCCAAACAGGCUGGCACGGCAUCGCUUAAGUGCUACAAGAGUUCACCGGGCAAAGGUGGGCCCAGGACGAGUGAGGUGGGAGCGGACACGGGAGUGGCUUCGAAAUCAGAACACUCUAAGGCAUUCAGAGAGUAAAUAUUUCUUACCAGAGAUUGCCACCGACGCUGCAAGCAGUGGACGACUUCAAUGUGCGAUGGAAGAAGGAUGUACGGAUCAUCACUCUAGUAGAGUUUGGACCUUCGACACUUUACUUGCCAAAGCAGAGAGAGUGUACAAAAACGCUCAAGGAUGUGGCACUGAAAAAAAACAAGGUGUCGCUAUUCCGUGGAAAAAGGAGCGCAUCUCAUUCCGAGAUGAGCCUACGCGUCGCAGCAGUGGCUGGGGUGGAGGGAAGAAAAGAGACAAAAUAAAACACUGAAGCAUCUUUUGUCAGUAAAAGGAGACACGACCAAUAUAAAUUUGCUGCUGAGCUUCAAAGGCAUUUUAAAAUCAUAUUAUCAUCCUACAGCUCAAGUAACUUUAGGCUCUUACCUUAAGUAUCAUGGCCUAAACAAACAAUUUAAAUACAUGACGUAGUUUGUGUCAUGACAGUAAAGAGGAAGCAGAAGCUUUGACUAACCUGUCAGUUCAUUUUCCUUAAGCUACAAAGUCCAGUCUUGAAACCACAAACCUAACGUCCCAUGUCUUAAAGAACUCAUAAUUAUUCUCGUUGCCCUGUUUUUUAAAUAUUUUGCUGUAAAGAACCAUUGCAGAAGUGAAUAAGAGUUUUCUGUUAUAUGCUGAGUUAUUAACUGCUAUGCUGCUAUGCUCCCACACACAAUGACGACAGCUCAAAUGUAAUAGCAAUAGCGUACCGCACGUAACACGUUACCUUUGCUAGUUAAUAUUCAUGACGUUAGCAACUGUUGCUAGGGGGGUCAAACUCGCGUUUGUCUCAGUUUAGAUGCAUGUAAAUAGUGUACGAACAAGAUGUUUACUGAGCUAAACCUACCGAUUCUGUCUGAAAAUGAUGUUGCUGGUGCCAAAUUCACUGGUAAAGAUUUGGAAGAACAUACAAAUGUUCAGUUAAAGAGAUGGCUUGAGUGUCGAGGGCUAAAAAAGGCGGGAAAAAGAGCCGACCUGAUCCAGAGGUAGCUUUUUUAAAGAAACCUUUUUCUUGUGUGUAUUGCCUUACGACACUGACGAUGACAUUCUACUGUUUCAACAAGCUAUCCUUUACCACCAUAUGCCCUGUCUUUCUUAUAUAUUAUAUCCUCUGUCUUAAGUCUCUGACCGUUCUUGGAGGCCAUUUAUAUUGCUAUUUUUGUGUAAAAUGCAAAUGCUACUCAGUGAUGAACGAACACGAACACUUUUAAUUUUUUCAUAAAUAACAAAUCUUAUUUCUGUUAAUUUAUUUACACUUCCCCUUACUGAGGUUGUUUCUUUACAACAGGAAAUUUAAAGCUGUUAAAUCUAGAGCCUAUAAAUGAAAGGCAUGAACAGGCUUACAACAAAAAAACAAGGCCAAACAUGGCUAAUUUAUUUAAAUAUCCGUAUUUCAGAAAAAUAGGCCUACCUGGCUGUUGUGAUAUAUAAAUAGAAUUUGAAUUUUUUUCAGGUCACUCAUUGUCAGACAGAAGCAGCACGGCAAAACGGAACGCUAAAAAAUAAGUAAUAAUAUCAAAAUGGCUUAACUCUUCGGGGCAGGAUUGUCGAUUUUAGGGACCGUGGCCCCCAUCAAAAUGUUUACUGCAUAUGAAGGUAAAUGGCUUCACCUUGCUGACGUUAAACUGAUCUUUCUGACGUCCGCACAAGUUAAUCGAUUGUUGAAAUUUUUUCCCUCUUGAGUUUUUGGCUUCGGGAAACGUAUGAAGAAAACAUGCUUUAUAUGUGGAAAAUCGUAAUGUCUACAGUCAUUUCUACAAGGUCCAUAGCAGCAGUGUUUAAUCGGCAUGUUGGUUUUUGAGAGAUUACCAGCAGAAAACAAGCAGUACUAGCAUUAGUUGUAUGCGAGCACGGUUCUAUGUUGGCUCCCUUCCAGUUUAUGAUGGUGACAUCACGCAGCCUUGAGGUCUAAAAAUAGCAUUUGUGCGGUACACUAUUAAAUGGUGUUCAUCUGCUCUACUUAAGAGUGGCUGGUGCACUGUUUAGCAUUUCCAAUGGUGUCUGCAACAGCAGUUCUGUUUACCAUAUGACUGUUACUGACUAACACGCAAGUUAGAAUGGGUACACUUAUAAUAGGCAUAGCAAGACACAUACUGUUGGUGCUGGGAUUAACGACAUCACAGUGACUAUUAGGAUGAAAACUCACUAAUUCUUACAGGUGAUUAGUCUUAAUACAGGGUUCCCCACACAUGUUGUAAGCACUGCUCGCACACUCAGUUUGCCCUGUCAUACCCUAAUCUGACCGCUCUUCCCUCUUCCUCUCCUAUGAUUUAAUAGGUGUAUCCACUCCUCACAUGGUGUUACCUCUGUAAAGGAAGUCGUAAAGAAUUUUUAUCGCUAUUUACAACUAGGUAACAUGUACGAAUAUAUUAAGUCCUUUGUCCUUUCUUUCUGUCCGUCCUCAUAAAACAUCUAUUAUCCAUCUGCACUGUCUCCAUAAACACCACAUUAGGGAUGACCAAAAAUUUAGAAAUAAGGGUAACUUCCCUUAUUUCUAAAUUUUUGGAAGGACAAUGGCGUACCGCAAGCAACACGUCACUUUUGCUCAUUAAUAUUCAUGACGUUAGCAAUUGUGGCUAGGCAGGUCAACCUCCUGUUUGUCUCCAAUAGUAAAUGAAUGGAAAUAGUGUACGAACGAGAUGUUUACUGAGCUAAACCUAUCACUUCUGUCUGAAAAUUAUGUCCCUGGUGCCAAAUUCACUGGUAAAGAUGUGGAAGAACAUGCAAAUGUUCAGUUAAAGAGAUGGCUUGAGUGUUUAGGGCUGAAAAAGACGGGAAUAAGAGCCACCUAAGCUUAGCCUUAGCUUUUUUACCCACACCUUUUUCUUACGCCACUGACAAUGACAUUCUCCUGUUUCAACCAUCUAUCCUUUACUAGCGUAUGCCCUAUCUUUCUUAUAUAUUAUAUCAUCUGGCUGUCUUAAGCCUCUGACCGUUCUUGGGCGCAAUUUACAUUGCUAUUUUUGUGUAGUGAUCGCAAAUGCUAUUUGGUGACAGACAACGAACACUUUUAAUUUUUUUCAUUAAUAACAAAUCUUAAUUCCAUAAUUUAUUUACACUUCCCUCUUACUAAAGUUUUUUUUUACAACAGAAAAGGUAACAGUGGCAGUCAGAUACCAUUUUAAUUUAUUUUCAGGUCAUUCAUUGUUAGACAAAAGCAGUACGGUAAAACGCCACGCUAAAAAGUAAGUAAAAAUAUCAAAAUGGCUUACUUCUUCAUCCUCAGAAGGACCAUGGCCCCCAACAAAAUGUUUACUGCAUAUGAAAUGUGAAUGGCUUUAUGUUGCUGGCGUUAAAUUGGUCUUUUGGAGAAGUUGACCUAUUCUUCACAUUUUUUCCUUUUAGUUUCGGGAAAAGUUUGAAGAAAACAUCCUUCAUAUGUCGUAAUGUCUAGAGUCGUUUCUACAAGUUCCAUAUCAGCAGUGUUUGAUCGGCAUGUUUGUUUUUGAAAGACUACCAGAGAAAACAAGCAGAAAUAUAAUGGAUUGUAUGCGAGGACGUGUGUGUAAUGUCCCACUCCCGCUUUACAAUGGUGACGUCAAGGUCUAAAAAUAGCAUUCGUGCGAUCCGCUAGGUGACCAAAAAAAUACCCUAAAAAGGCAGCUUCAAACAAAAAUAGGGAGUUUUCCUGUAUCUUUUCAGUCAUGGAUUCUUAAGACAGUAUAUAGCACUAGAUUGACUGAUGGCAAAAAGUAAAAUUAUUUUUAGUUUUGUUGUUUGAAUGUGAAAGGGCCUUCGUCUUAGUGGCAAAAUUCAUGACUCGCCCAAAAACUGAGACCAUGGCACUUGAAUGCACUCACAGUGAGCCAUUGCAGAUGAUCCCCUUCAUUGUUAUUUAAAUGAGCAAUACAUGUGAAGUCAAAUAAAAAUGCCAAGGAAUAAGAUUCCAAAGUGGAUAUUAAGCAUUUACCUUUUUGCUGUUGCCGAGAAAAUUGAACUCGGCGAGGAAUGUGCGACAGCAAAAAAGCCCGAGAAACCUGAACCUACGUUGAGGGAAUAACAUGGCGCGAGCAGAAACCGUGGGUAAAAUGUCCGAGCUAAUUGGUGGCUCAAAUAAGGGCUGCAGGAUGUUUUUCUACAAAUUUAAUUUAAAAAAGAAUGUUAGCCAAGUGUUGUCCACUUGGUGGAAGUGCUAGCGUCAGGUAUUUUUUGACCUUUAGCUCACUUUAGAGGAACACAAAAGUCUAUCCUCAUGCAUACAAAUGAUUCAAUUAUUGUACUCAAUGCUGUUGGUAUUACAAUCCAGCAGUGAUUUGUGAAUUGCAAAUCUGAGCAUUUUAAGAACAUUUUUGGCAUGGAUUGUAAAAGCAGGAAUUGACAGACACACGAUACGAUACGAUGGUGAUAUUUUGGAGAUUUCACUACCUACAAUUUUUUUUUUUUUUUUUUUUAAUUAUUUGUUAAACAAAAGUUUUGUAAGUUAGCUACGGUCUCCUGGACAGACGUUGAACGGUGUUUUCUACCGAUGCCCAAAUGACAGAAGGCUCAAUGAACUUUUCACAUUUUCCUUCUCAGCAUGUCGUAGCACCUCACUCGCUCACUUCAGAAGUCCAAAAAGACCCUCGGACCCCCACCACGCUCCCUAAUACUGAUGUUUAUUUUCACUUCUCCUCCUAGGGUACUGCACAGUUGGUCUCAUCAUAUAUAUGUAUAUAAUAUAAAAAACGUACACAUAAGUAAUAUACACUCAUCCACAUUAAGACAAGUUAUAACACUGCAAAUUUAGUGUCAGAAUUUUGAUGUGAC